AUGCAUAUAUUUUAUGCGGGAACGGUACAAUUGUUACAAUUGGCGAAUUCCGGUCAGACGGCGACCAUCCGGACGACGGCGGCCAACGGGAGCCAUCAUUCUAGUCAAUCGACGCCGACGUCGUUUGUAUUCAAUUUAUCCAAUUUAUCUCAAUUUCAAUCGGGUUCCGGUCUAUUGAUUCUCAACUCGCCGACCACCACAACCCACGGCCACAAUCAUCGGCCCAACGACUCGUCCGGCGGACAGCAGUUGACGGCGCCGUUGACACUGGUCUACGGGCGGCCCAACGGUACCGUCGAGUCGGCUUCCAUUCCAAAUGUGAUCUGUUCUGCAAAUAAAUCUCUUCACACAUUGUCUUCUAAUAUAAACCAUAAGCUUAAUAAUGGCGCCGAACUGGCCAUCGAUUCCACGGCACAGUCGACGGUCACAGCGAUGGAGAACCGUUUGAAUUAUUUAAAUCACUUGAAAACCUUAAAUAUAUUGAAUAAUCAAAACUUAAAUACCAUACAAAUCAAGAAGGAAUUUGAGAUCAAUGGCAACACUGUUGCCAACUAUUCCAGUGAUAGCGAGAACUCCGACGAGAUUACCACCGAUAAGGGUAUUUGUGUCGACAAUUCUGUCCCGAAUACCAUUACCGAGGAGUCGAUGAUUGUGAACAGCAAUCCGUCGACACCCGAACACCGGAUGAAGACGUCGAUGAUGUCGGUGUCGGGCAGCGAUCAGACGUCCAACACGACCAGCGGUGUGGACCUGAACUGCAAUCCACUGAACCAUUCCCAACAACAGCCCCAACACCUAUCGCUCGCUCACAACCAUAACUACAAUUACAAUCAGUACUUCAAUACCGUAAGCAACGGCCACAACGCCAAUGAUGUCAUUAACAACAGACAACAACCGCAACACCAGACGAAUAUCAAUACAAAUCACGCGAAUACAGGUCUCAUGAGUUACGAUAUGGACGCCAACGACUUGAAUCCCAUGGACUUCAUCGACAACGACAUACCGACGCCCGACGAGACGCUAUUCAAUUUGGACACGUUUGACAUUCUCGGCGAUAUUGACGACCAUUUGGACGAGUUGUCCGCCGGCCAGACGUCCAACAAUUACCGCAACAACUCUAACCUAAACCAAACCAAAGCCAUUAAAUCCGAAUCUUCCGCAACCAUUAGCUCAGCACAAGAUUAUCGCGAGAUUACCGCUAAUAUCACAGACUAUUCGCCCGAAUGGUGUUAUCCCGAAGGUGGUAUGAAGGUGUUGGUGGCCGGGCCUUACUUCACCAAUGGCUUCCGAUACACCAUUCUGUUCGACGGGGUGUCAGUGACCACACACUUAGUGCAAAACGGUUUGCUUCGGUGCUAUAGUCCGGAACACGAGCCCGGAUUCGUCACAUUACAAGUGGCCAGCGAUGGCGUCAUUAUCUCCAAUUCAGUCAUAUUUGAAUAUAGAGAUCACCCGACGGUUCCGAUGCAUAAAUCGGAAGACUAUUUCUCAGUCGACGAAAAUAUAUUCAAGUUUUCGCUGUUGGAAAGGUUCGAGUUAUUGGAGUCUCGUUUAUCGCAGUGCACAUCAAAACGGGGUCUUACCGGUUUGGAGUCGACAAAGCACUUCACGUGCUUCGAGGACCGGCUUCUGGUGAUGUGCGCCGAGAUGUCCAGCUGUUCGUGGCUUCCAUUAGACGAGUCCAGUUUGACGACACAGUCGUUGCGCACCGGACUCUCCAAUAAGGACAUGUCGCUCAUACACUUGACCGCUGCGCUCAACUACUAUAAGCUGAUCCAAUGUCUACUUAAAUGGCGCAAAGAGAACCCGUCGCCGAUACUGGAGCUGGAAGUGGACGCCUUCGCCUGUGAUGACAAUGAGUGCACGCCAUUGAUGUGGUCGUGCGCUAAGGGUUACUACGAGUCCUCUCUAGUCCUCUACGGCUGGAACAGAGGGGCCGUCAACUUAUGCAACAAAACCGGCGAAUCGCCGCUACAGUUGGCCCGACGUAAAGGCCAUCAACGGCUGGUGACGGAGAUUGAACGGCUCGAGUCGGGCCAACUGUCGGCGCUUCCGUUGUCGUCCGUCGCCGCAGCCGUCUCUUCGGCCACCACUCACUCACCGCACACACAGUCGGACCUCAACUGCGACGACAUUAUCGCCGGUAUUAUCGCCAACAAUGGCUUCCGAAAGCCCCGUAAGGCUAGUCUGGAUAUACCGGCGCCCAAUCGGACGGCUAAGAACACGAGUCCGUCGACUGUGAAACGCGGUUCGGCGUGUCUUCAGCACGGAUUGAACUCAUUUCCAAAACUUGUCAAAUGCUUUUCGGCCGACUCUUCGCUCACCAAUCAUAUGACGCUUAGUGACCAGUUGACCACUGAUUCGGCAUUUCUGUCGUCGUGUAUAUCGGACAGCGAAGACGACCUCGAGAUGUCGACCUCUGGCUCGACGAACGGCGGCCUCUCUUCCAGUCAUAGAGACUCAAUCGGUUCCUGUGAUAUCAUUAUGGACUGCAACGGAUCGGAGUCUUCGCGUGUGUUGACACUCGCGGAGCACAUAAUCGCCGCAAUGCCCGACAGGAUUAAGGCGGCGUCGAUCGCAUCCCUUCCCGACGAGGACUUCGACGACUACUACGACGACGACAACGAGACGGGCGGCGAAGAGCUCAACGAUUUCAACGAAUGCGAGGCCCAUAACAAUCGCAUUCACAGCCAAAUAAUCGACAACUUCUGUAACUUCUCGUUUGAGAUCAACGAUAACUACAGCUAUCGGGAGUCCAACACACCGACCAACUCGUCGCCCGCCAGCAGUUCCUGUCUUCACAGCCCGUCGUCCUUCCAAUUGGACUCUCCGUCGCCGCCGCCGACGGCCGCAGACUUUUGCGAGUUCUUUCAGGCGUCCGGAAAGAUCACCAAAGAGUUGGGAGACCUGACACUGACCGACAAAGAGCAGCGGGAGCUCUACGAGGCGGCCAAAGUGAUCCAAAAGGCCUACCGUUCCUAUAAAGGCCGAAAACGUCUGGAAGAGCAAAAUAAGGGCUGCGAUAAAGACAAGGAGAGAGUGGCGGCGGUACUCAUACAGAGUUAUUACCGGCGAUACAAACAUUACAUCUAUUACAAGCAGAUGACGAAAGCGGCUCAAGUGAUACAGAAUCAGUUCCGCAAUUACUGCGAACACAAGCGGUUCAAGAAGUCGUGCACCGGUCAGAAGCCGUACGCAAUGGUCGCCGGCGUCGACAGCAGUGGUCACCAGUCGGUGGUCAACAAUUUCAUGUGUAAUAACUAUGAUUGCGAUCCGAUUCAGUGUAAAAGUUCCCGAGAGGGCACUCCCUUCAGCGGUCUUAGACGCACGUACUCCUCCCGGCGCCGCAAUCAGGCCGCCCGUAAGAUACAGCAGUUUAUGAGGCAAUCCAAGAAUAAAUUACAGAGAGAACGUGCUUUAGCUGCCGAAGAAGGGAAUGCAACACAAGAAGUGCUUACCAUAAGAGCUCAAACACAACAAUCUAUUAAUUGAUUAGUUAUUUUGCCAGACAUUUACCACAACACAGGAGACACACAACACAUGAUUUUCACACCACUUAUGUUGUAUAUCAUUGGGUGACUGUUUGGGAAGCAUGUCUUCGGACACAGACAUUGGGCGGCCGUUUGUGUCGCCGAAACCCUUAACCAUUGGGCCCUCGAUUGUCACCAAUCAACUGAUCUGUACUUUUGUGGUGACAACGAGUGCCUGCGAUAUGUGUUUUGUAUAUUCAUUAAUACAUUAUAUAUAAUGAGACACUAUUUUUGUGGACAUAAAAACCCAAUUGAUAUCUAAAUCGGACAGAAAACUAAACAAACGACACAUUUUGCUGAUUAUGUUGUGAUUAUUAUAAUAUACUUUCGAUCCGUUCAUUAAGUCUAUAUAUAAUUG